CAGCCUUAGGCCUGAGCCAAGAUGGCAUCUGCGAAACCAACCCCGACGGACUCGGACUCGCUCUCUUCCUGCCUCGCGCAGCUGACGGCGGCGGCCAGGGAGGGUCUACGUGGGACAAAGGACACAGCUACCAACGAGACACCCUUGGGCCGUGCGCUCUUAGCUCUCCGCAAGCGCCACGUCAAGGCAGCGGGAGGAAUCGAGCGCUUCCGGGCACGCGGCGGGCUCCACCCCCUUCUGGUGCUGCUGCGGCGAGCAUCUCCAGCGGGUCCCGCCCCGUCCCUGGCUGGCCCCGGCUCCGCCCCUUCGAUCCAGUCCGCGGUUUCGGCUGGCCCCGCCCCCUCCUCUGCGUCCUUGUCCACCCUGGACUUGGUGCUUAGCAUCCUAGCCGACUGCUGUACCCAAAGGGCGUGCCGGACUGAAGUGCGCAGACUCGGAGGCAUUCUGUCUUUGGUGACUAUUCUGGAGUGUGUGAAGACAGACAGCAUCCAGAACCGAGCAGCCCGUGCUCUGGGCAACUUAGCCAUGGAAGCUGAGAGCUGUGCGCACAUCCAUUCUGCUGGUGCUGUUCCCCUACUCAUUGAGAGCCUGACGGCCUACCAGGACUCACCUUGUUUGCAGAGCGUGAUUCGUGCCCUCCGCAACCUGGCGGACUCCCCCCAGCACCGCCUGGCCCUGGCACAGCAGGGAGCAGUGCGCCCACUGGCUGAGCUUCUGGCUGCUGCCCCAGACCCUGCGCUGACCUUGGCCCUACUCCGUGCCCUCCUAGAGCUGAGUCGAGACUGCUCCCGUGCCUGUGCUGAGCAGCUAAGUCUGGGUGGAGGACUAGGCCCACUGGUCAGUCUAGCCUCCCAUCCCAAAGGGAUAGUUCGCGAGUCAGCUGUCCUGAUCCUUGCCAACCUGUGUGCCCAGGGCCUGGUACGGCCUGCCCUGGGCAAUGCUGGUGGUGUGGAGGUGCUGUUGGGUGAGCUCCAGCAACGCCGAGGUCCCGGUGGGGCGGGCCCAGCCUCCCAGCAGCCCCUGGUGCGGGCUGUGUGCCUACUUUGCCAGGAGGCCAUUAACCGAGCCCGGCUGCGGGAUGCUGGUGGUUUGGAGCUGCUGAUGGGACUCUUGCGGGAUCCUCAUGCCAGCGCCUGGCACCCUUGUGUCGUGGCUGCCCUUGAGGGCUUCCUCUAUGAUACAGGGGCCCUGGGCCAACUGCAGGCUCUGGGGCUUGCACCUCUCUUGGCCGGGCAGCUGUGUGGCGAGCUUGCUGAUGAGGAAGGAGAGGGAAAAGAAGCUGCUUCCUGGGACUCUCCUGGGGAGCAGACCCCUGAGCGGGUAGAAGCCAGAAGCUUCCGAAGCGUCAGGUCGCGGCUGAUAUCCGAGGGCUACGCCACAGGCCCGGAAGACAUCUCUCCGGACCGGUCUCCAGAGCGCUGUCCACGGCCUCCUCCACCGCCUGCGCCCCCUGAGCAGGCCCAGGUGGCCAGUCCCGCCCGGGGCCCAGCCUUGGUGCAGACGCCUCGAGGCCGCCGCCCUGCCACCGAGGAGUCUUGGGGCCGCGAGGGGCCAGCGCUGCUGCUGCUUUCACACUUCUCCCGUGCGCCAGACCCAAGCGGGGCGCUGGUGACAGGCCCGGUCCUGGGCGGCCUGCUGGCCUGCGUGACGAAGGCGCCGGGCCCACCGAGCCCGCGCGCACUGCGCAUCCUGGCGCGCCUCACCUGCAACCCUGCCUGCCUCGAGGCCUUCGUGUGCAGCUAUGGUGCCGCGCUGCUGCGAGCCUGGCUGGUGCUGGGUGUCGCCCCGGACGACUGGCCCACGCUGCGUGCCCGGCCCCCCAGUCAGCGCAGCCAGCACCAGGGGCUGGGUGAAAUGCUGCUACAGAACCUGACGGUGCAGGCGGAGUCGCCCUUCGGGGUGGGGGUCCUCACUCACCUGCUGCUCUCCGGGAGUCCUGAGGACCGUGUGGCCUGUGCGCUGACCUUGCCCUUCAUUUGUCAGAAGCCCUCUCUGUGGCGCCGGCUACUUCUGGACCAGGGCGGCCUCCGACUCCUCCUCUCGGCGCUGACGCGGCCAGCCCCACACCCACUCUUCCUCUUCUUUGCUGCAGACUCCCUUUCCUGCCUCCACAGCCUGGUGUCUCCCACGGUGAGCCCCGCCCCGCCACCCGCAAGCCCCUGGGACAUAGACACACCCUCCCCUUGCCACUAUGAACCUCUGCUGGGCCCAGCUCCCAGCCCAGCCCCGGAUCUGCACUUCCUCCUGGACUCUGGCCUGCGGCUCCCCGCCCAGCGAGCUGCCUCAUCUACUGCCUCCGCUUUCUUCCAGGCCCUGCUGGCUGGCAGCUUUGCUGAAGCCCAGAUGGACCUGGUACCUCUUCGAGACCUAUCACCCAGCGCAGCCUGGCCUGUCAUGCAUCACCUGCAUGGUUGCCGGGGCUGUGGAGCAGCCCUGGGGCCCAUUCCCCCGCCAGGCCAGCCCCUGCUGGGCUCAGAGGCAGAGGAGGCACUGGAGGCUGCUGACCGUUUCCUGCUGCCGGGGCUGGAGGAGGAACUGGAAGAGGCUGUGGGCCGUAUCCACCUGGGAUCCCAAGGUAGCCCAGAGUCAGUGGGUGAGGUAUUCCGCCUGGGCCGGCCUCGGCUGGCUGCCCACUGUGCACGCUGGAUCCUGGGGCUGGGGCAGUGCCCACGGAAGCGGGCUCUGGCCUUAGUGGGGCUGUUGGAGGCAGCAGGCGAGGAAGCAGGUCCCCUGACUGAGGCUUUACUGGCUGUGGUGAUGGGAGUUUAAGUGGGGAGCAGGGGUCCCAGCCUAGACUCUUGAUAUCCCCUCGAGGGGACCCAAGAAUGAAUUGGCAAGAAGAAGGCCUCCCUUGGAGUGGCACGGGGAGGAGGCUAAGCAGGAGUCACCACUGAGGACCGACGAGAGGAUGGAACUGGGCCCCAGGA